UUUAGAAAUCGAGAAUAGUGGAAAACGUAGAGCAGGCAAAUGGCGGCAGCGAUAUCAGCGAAUUUGGUGUUUGUUGCUGCAAGACAUGGACGAAGACAAUGGAGAACCACUCCUUUCUCCUGUAGUUUGUCGUCUUCGAGACCGAACACAAGGAAUCUUGUUCUAUACUCUAAACCAGGAUGUUGUCUCUGCGACGGUCUUAAAGAGAAGCUUCAAGCCGCAUUCUCUCUCUCUGGUCCCGAUUCACUCAACGACAUUACUCUUCAGGUGAGGGAUAUCACGACGAAUCCUGAGUGGGAAAGGGCUUAUCAGUAUGAGAUACCAGUCCUAGCUAAAGAGAAUUCUGAUGGUAAAGAGGAAAUUUUGCCGAGGAUGUCUCCACGUUUAAGUGUGGAAAUCAUACAGAGGAAGCUACUUGCUGCUUUUAGUUGAUUCAUUACGUACACGACAUUGGAAAAAGAAAAAGAAAACGUGGGAACAUCUUGGAACUAAGAAUUCUAUUUCCCUGUGUCAAAAACUUAAAAGCAUGUUUGCUCAUGUAAGCAUUCGUUAUCUUGUAUUUAACUAUUUGCUAGUUGUUCAAUCGUUUUUGUCGACCAAUCGGAUUUUAUGAUCAAAUACUUUUACGAUCGUCUUAACAAACACAUUACUAUAUUAGACAAAGCAAGCAGGAGCCUUUAAGGUUAGAGACUGG